AUUAGUCCAUAAAAUAACCAACAUCACACUAUAUGUGAAAAUAUCUGGUUUCAUAUUAUUAUAACGUGUACUUCUGAGACUGGUUGAAGUGUCCAUCCUCUCUGCUUUUCACUGGACGGUGUGAAAUUCCCACAUAAAGACAUGUAAUAACACAUUAUUAAACGUUUAUUUGAAAUAGUUUCGCUUUCAUUGUCUCAACAGGCGGCUGUUGCUACGCAGACUUCACGAGAUAAAAUCAUCUGUUUUGUAACUGGGCAGACCAGGAAAACGCGUCCAAUCAGAAUAAUCCCUGUCACAAAAAUAAUUCCGCUCAACCAAUCGAAUUUCACCAGGUUUUGGUAUCCGGGUAGAUUUUUGACAGCGCACCAAUCGGAAUAGACGUCGGCUUUGUAGUCAGGCAGACAUAACAAAGUCGUCCAAUCACAAAAAAAUCUGAAAGGGGAUUUUUGCUGUAUCUUGGCUCAGAUGGUGGUUCUCAGCACUGGUUAGUUGGUCCAGAUGUCGGAGGACCAGCGGCACCAGCGGGCCGACGCCUCUCGGCGGGGGGACGGCGGUCUGGAGGCGGGGGAGGGCGACACGGAGCCCAGCAUGCUGCUGCAGAAACUCAAGAGCAACAUCUCGAAGAGUGUUCAGACCAAAGUGGAUCAGAUCCUGCAAGAUGUCCAGCGUUUCUCUGACAACGACAAGCUGUACCUGUACCUGCAGCUGCCGUCUGGACCGAGCUCCGGAGACAAGAGUGGUGGUGACUCAAGCUCAUUCAACACGGCCGACCAGCUUCACACCUGUAACUGGAUCCGCAGUCACCUGGAGGAGCACUCGGACACCUGCCUGCCCAAACAGGACGUCUACGAGACAUACAAGAGAUACUGUGAGAACCUGCAGCAUCGUCCUCUGAGCGCCGCCAACUUUGGGAAGAUCAUCAGAGACAUUUUCCCCAACAUCAAGGCUCGGCGGCUCGGUGGCAGGGGACAGUCCAAAUACUGUUACAGCGGCAUCAGGAGGAAGACAGUCCUCAACAUGCCUCUGCUGCCCAACCUGGACCUGAAGAACGACCCGGCGGAGCUGACCGAACUGGUCCAGACCUACAAACAGGAAGUGACAGAGGCGGCGUGCGAGCUGAUCUGCGACUGGGCGCAGAAGAUCCUGAAGCGUUCGUUCGACACGGUGGUGGAGAUCGCUCGUUACCUGAUCCAGGAGCACAUCGUCAACCCUCGCUGCAGCCAGGCCGAGCUCGUCACCUCCGCCGCUCUCGCAGGAGGUCCAGCCAAACCCCACAAGGUCAUCAAGAAAACCCCGGUCAUCUCUAAACCUGAGGGUGAAGGAGCCGCAGAUCAGAAGAAGGAGCUCGGAGACUCGUCCUCCUCAUCUUCACUGAAGACGCCGGCCGGAGACAAACCAGCAGCAGCCAAACCCUCCUCCCUGGACGCUCCUCCUCCCUCCUCCUCCUCCUCUCUGCGUCCUGCGGUGGAGGCCUUCAUGAAGCAGUUACCCAGAAUCCUCCCUCGGAGCUCCAUCCCUGAUAAGACCCAGCUCUCGGUCCGUUCCUCUCCGCCCUCGCUGGCGCCCAAAGACGCCUCAGGUGUUGGGGGGGCGUCAGGACCCGGGGGUCCAGCUGCCGCCGCUGCCGCCAGUGGGGGUGGAGUGAAGGUCAUCGCCAUGGCAACACUGCCACAGCAGCAGGGCGGGCCCGUCCCGGUGAUGAUCCUGCCUCAGGGCUGUCUGCCCUAUGACAGGGAGAAGGUCGCACCAGCUCCUCCACCUCCUCCUCCUCCUCCUCCUCCUCAGCAGCAACAUGCCCCAGCAGCCCCCACCUCUGUGGUGCAGAAGGCACGAGGGAACGCCAACAAGCGCCCCCUAGAGGUGGUGACGUCGGGUGGUGCAGUGGGCGUGUCCGGUGGCUCCGCUGCCAAUGCUCCUCCGGUGAAGCGGAAACGUGGACGGCCGAGAAAACCUCGGCCGGAGGACGCCCUGCCUCCUCCUCCUCCUCCUGCUGCUGCUGCUCUUCCUCUUCAGCCCCCACCUCCUGCACCUCCCUCCCACCCUCCCAUCAUCACCCCCCUGACCGGCGGUGUCAUCCAGAAAGCCUCCUCCUCCUCCUCCUCACAGCCGGUCCUGGAGCUGGUCCUGGACCAGCCCGGGCUGGUUCUGAGCCAGCUGCCGGCGGUGUCGGAGCACCGCGGGGUGGUGGUGCAGUGUCAGCCAGGUGGAGCGGGCGAGCCAGACCGACACGGCCGGCCGCUGCUGCUGCUGCAGAGCCCGGGGAACCCCAGCUGGGAGCUGGCAGCGUCGGGACGGACCCCGAUGGUGGAGGUGAUCCAGAAAGCUCCGAGACCGAGCAAUAACAACAGCAGCGCCGCUCCUCCACCUGCAGCACGCCUCCACCCUCCUCCUCCUCUCCCCCUCCCUCUGCCCCUCCCCACGCUGCACGAGGAGCGGGGGGAGGUGGAAAUAACGCUGACGCCGGUGGAGCUCCACAUCAACCCGCCACCGCCGCCUCCUCCCUCCACUUCCACCUCUUCUUCUGUUGCUGCGCCCACCUCCUCCCCCUCCGUCUCCUCCACCGUAGUGGUGAAGAUGGAGGAGGACGGAGGAGAGAGCGGCAGCUCCUCCUCUAAGAGAGAGGGACACUAGCUCCAAUCACUCCUCUUCCUCCUUUGUCUUUUUUGUCAGCCCUCCCCCCUCACCCAGCUUUUACCUCACCUGCGAACCCCCCCCCCACCUGUCCUCUUCCUCAUUGGUGGAAAUCCCAGAUUGGCGACAGCAGAGAGCCAAUCGAGGAGGAUAAAUGAAGCCAAAACCUCGACUCGCUGUCCUUCCACCGGCUCCCAUUGCACUUGUAAACAGACUGGACGCUGUUAGAAACCUGUGAUUCUUUAACUGCAUGUCUGUCUGUCUGUCUCUCUGUCUGUGUCAACUGUGGCUGAAACCAGGACGACGACUCCUCAGGUGGACGGGCCUGAAUCACACCUUCCUCUUCUACCUAGCUUCCUUCCUUCCUUCCUUCACGCUCCAAACUUCCCAUUUUCCGUGCUGAGGCCUGGUCGUCUGCUGUGUCGCUUCCACUGCUUCAAAAAGACAUUUAACAGGAAAAAAUGACAUAAAGGAAGGAGGAAAGAGAAGAGGAAAAGGGGAAGGAGACGUGUGUUCAGUUUUGAAUCAGGCCCCAGACGGAGUUCAGCCUGAGGUGGAUAGAUACAGUAGGUACUACGGGUCAGAGCCUUGUAAAGGUUCUUUGUGCUAAAUAUGAAAGAAAUGACCUCUUUAAUGGAGCUCAGCCUCGAUUCACCAUCAGCCCAGUUCACAGAAAUAUCAGAAAAAACAGAGUAAGGACGUAGAGCUGCAAAUUUCCUCUGCACGUCUGGAACAUUUGGGAAUUUCACAACAAGAAAAACUUGAUAAAAAGUCUGUGAGACGUGAGGAUAGAGUCCGACUCUGUCUUAAGUUUUGAGUUUGAGUUUUUGGCUGAAUGUGAAUCGAAGCUCGGCUCUGCUCUCGUCUCUAAAGAGCUCCUCUGUUUUAAACAGCUUUGGUUAGUUGUGUUGUUAUCAGUGUUGGUUUAGUAGUUUCUGACUGUGUGUGUGAAUGUGUGAGAGGAAAUUUUAAGGCUCUCAUCGUUUCCCGUCACCCAAAAAAACAAACAUGUAAAAUGAGCCAUUACAUAAGAAAUCAGAGAUAUUUUUAAAUUAUUUAUUAUUCCAGGUUAUUUAUCAGAAGCACUGCAUCAUUUGGUUUUAGAUUCAUUUACUUAAAUUUCAGUAAGUUUAAUGAAAUUUUUUUAUUUUAAGGAAAUUUAAAAAAAACACGGAAACACCUCAUGUCGGGUCACGGGUCUGUGGUGGGCGGCAGCCAUGUUUGUUUUUAAUUUAAAGGCGUGUUUCUGUCUUGUGUCCGUGGUCAGUAGAGCUGGAUAUCACUUCAGUUAGAGCUACAAGGAGUAGCCUAAAGAAAAUUAAUCAUAGGUAUUUUGUGGUUCUCAGAUAUAAGAGUCUGAUGAUACCAGAUACCAGAUGUGAUAUCCAGCUCUAAUCAUCACAACAAGACUCGACAGUGUGUUUUUCAUUUUAAGCCUCUUCGACCUUUAAUCCUCCACAUCCUCAGAGUGAGAUGCCAAACACGUAAGAAAGACGUUAGGGCUUGAUUUGAGACAAAAUGUCCAUCCCCCGUCUCCACUUCAUUCUCCCCCAAGCAGAGCUCGCUGGGAUUUAAAUGUUAGUAAAACGAUUGGUGGUGAUGUGCUCGUCAUCGCCGCCUUUGAGGAAACAGUAAAGUAAAAGUCUGACGUUCGUCCUUUCCUGUCGUAGAAAAUGACAUCAGCUCAGGCACAAAGAGCAAAGCACAAAGUUACCUGCCGCAUAGCGCUAAAACCAUGUUAAAAUGCAGUAAAAAAAAAAGGUACUAAUGAGGAGUAUUUGCAUAAAAUUAGCUUCUGUAGCACUGAAACCUGCUUAGCUGUUGUUGUACGUUACGUUACCAUGCGCCCUUUGCACUAACUUCCUGAUCACUGUCUGGAUCAACAACGUGACGUAACCUCUCACUUUCCCGUCCCUCCUCCUCCUCCUGUCAGAGACGCUGAGAGUUAAAGAGCUUCGGACAAACACAAAAACACAACACAAAAUCUCCAAACACAAGCUUUUACUUUGGAAAAAUCCCUCAGCGGUGUUGGAGAGGACAAUACUCUCUUUAAAAGAAAAAUGCUCAAUGAAAACCACAAUAAAUACUCACAUCAAACUUACCUGCAGUUUAUUUUCAGCGUCAAUCUGCAGAUUAUUAUUCCGAUAAAUCAGUGAAUGGUUUGGAAAAUGGUGAAAAAACCAAAGUGACAUUUUCAGUUUCAACAGUUUAACACAAAAAGAUAAUUCUCACAAUUGACAAAUUGCAUGUUUUCAAAAUUUUUGCUUCAAAAUGAACUAAAACCAUAUCAGAAUAACUGGCAGUUAAUUUCCUGUCAGUUUCUGAGUAAAAUUAAUUUAAGAGGAAGCAGGAACAAUAAAAGGGUGUGAAUUUUCAGUUUCUAACAUCCUGUGUCAACCAGGAAGGUCUUGUUCAAACUCACCAAAAAAAACACAUUUAUCAAACUACAAACUAACUGAAUGAUUUGCUUCCUGCUCUUCUUCUUCUGUGGUUUCCGGAGGAGGGGUUUGUUUACGUCUCGUCGCUGAUGUUUGUUCUUCACCUCUGCCAAACUGCUCUCACUCCCUGUGAGGGUGUUUUCUUCAUCGUUGGUGCUACAAACCGCAGGGCUCGGCAGCGGCGGCGCUGUCAGUCCUCGCCGUUUUCCAUCCUGUAAUCACUGAUUUGUGUAAAAAAAAAAUAAUUUACUUUGUUGACGCUCACAUAUCAAAUAUGUGAAUACAGCUGUGUGCGUUUGUUAUGAGCGUGUGUCCUCGUUUCCUUCCGUCCUGUGACGAGAGCUUUGGGUCAGUUAAAGGGACACCAAACAAUUUGACUGUUAAUCUACCGGUUGCAUGAUGGGAAAGUGAGUUUUAGCACUUGUCCUUUGCCAUGAAGUGAGGGUAGUCUAACUCACAUGCUUGCUACUACAGCACUACCGAUAAUUUAUAAUUAAAAGGAGCGCUAAUGAUGCUGACCUGUCAUAUUUUGUCACUAAAGUGAAGUGCCAGGAUGUUAAAUUUCUCCACCAGGUGGAAAAAUGCCUCGAUUAAAGCGUCUCGGUCUCCCUUUAACCACCGAGCCUCAGCCCUUUUCAGACAGAACUGAAACAAAUGAAGAGUUGCACUGUCAAAAAGAUAAAACAAGAGAAAGUCAUUGUAUGUCAUGAAUUUAUUGUUAUAUGCAUUGAGAAAAUACAUUGACAAGUAUUUAUGAGCGAUGUAAUGUUCUGCUUUAUGCUUGCACUCAGCCAGAGACCGACCGAGCGGUGUCGGCUUUAUUUUUUAUUGCAAGAAUUUGGUCAAAAUUAUCCUCUUCUCUUUUAGACCUGUUCAGCAGAGAGUUUAGCAGAAUGAAUAAAGAGGUAAAUAACUUUGUUUUAUAAAAGUUGCAGUAACUGGAGAGAUUUGGAGAAACAAAACUAGACAGACAGUUUAAAGCAACAUUUCACAACGCAGAGGUGUGGACCCCAGUCACAUGACGUGGACUUCUAGUCAGACUCGAGUCAUGAAUUUGGUGACUGACUUGACUUCGACUUGAUGUCCUCCUCAAACUCUGAAGGUUUCAACGUAGUGUGCAGCCAUUCUCUUAAAUCUCAUCACACUGCAUAAGCAGGAAGGUUUAGGACUUGGACUUGACCUGGGACUUGUUGGUCUUGACUUUCAUCUUGACUUAGGACAACUCAGGAUUUGUUGUUGGUCUUGACUUGGGACUUGAUUUUUUAAUCUCAACUAACAAGAACUAACUUUCUUUGAACUUGACUUUGGACUUAUUGGUCUUGGCUCAGGACUUGUUGCUGACUUUGGACCUGUUGGUCUUGGCUAGGGAGUAUAUUGGAACUGUUCUUGACUUCAGACUUAACAUGGAACUUGUUGGUCUUGACCUGAGACUUGAUUUGGGACUUGUUGGUCUUGUCAUUGUGCGAUUGUCAGUUUCAGCAGUACAAUCCACCUGUAACAUCUUUUGAAGCAGACUGUGGCUUUGUAGGGUCAAAGAAAUCAGAGCAACUCUCUGGACAGAGUUGUCUGUCAGGUUGUCCAAAGAGUUGCUCAGCUUGAGAUCUAACGUAAUCAUCCUCACUUUCCGACUGGGUUUAUGAUCAAAAACUGUCAAACUGACUUUGUGAAGCCCCGUCAGAUGUCCAGAGUCCACAAAGCUGCAGCGAGACGUCACCCUGCACAGUAUUCAUCCAGAAACUGAUGAGAUGAAUCUCAGACCUAAUGUCAGAGUGAAAUGUUGCUUUUGACGUCUUGUUGAGAAUCUGCUGUCGAUUUAAAAGGUUCAGAGUGAAACCAGAGGAGAGACACUGGCUGUGUUCCCUCUGCAGGACAAACUGAGCUGAACUGGACAGAGAAAUAGUUCAUGGAAAGUCAGAGAUGGGUGGACUGGGCAGACUGGUUCCCUGUAAAACCUACAUUAAAGUUUGGGCACAGCCUGGAAGUUGAACCUCAGUGAGAAAGUCAAGUUCUAAAAGGAGAUUAAGAAGUGGUUUAGAACAAGUCCAUGAGAGCAGUAAGCCCCAGUUAGGCUUCUUAACUGGAUUUACUUGGUCAGUUGGACAUGUAGAGUUUCCUCCAGAAUCGAACAUGUGGAAGCAGUCUGACUCUGGAAGUCAACAUCUGACAGGAGCAAUGGUUCAUGACAGGUCACUGGACUUAGACCAGCUAAUUGACCUGGAGUUUGGCUCAGUUUAUAACCUAAACUGUAAAGACUGCGGCAGGUGGAGUUUCCUUCAGAAUCUGUGUGAAUAUUUGGACGAAGUCUGGAAGGCUGGCACGACCCUGAAAGUCAGGAUCCAAAAGGACCUUGAGAAAUGGGCAAUUGGAAAUCAGAGACAACAUGAAGCCUCAGUUUGUCCAUCGUUGUGGGUUGACCAGAUGUGGAGUUCCCUUCAGAAUCAGCAGUCGACAGCACAGUGGAAGUCAGGAUCUAAAAGGAGUUUGAGAAAUGAUUCAGAAGUCCAGUUUGGCUCAGUUUGGCCCUGCACUGGGAACUUGGGGUUUAGGUAGUUGCUGGAAUCUUUCACUGUGGAGCCGUGUCGCUCAAAAACAUUUUAAAAAAUACAUCAAAAUAAAACAACAAACGGGUCAGGUAAUCAAAGAUAAAAGGAUCGGGAUUCGGGUAGCAGUGUGUUGACCUUAAAGGAUCAGACUCAACGUCCUCUGAUGUCCCUGGACUUAAUCACCUCAUUCUUUACUUCAUAUCUUUGCUAAAUUCAUUGUGUCGUAUGUUCAUCUGAUCUUAAGUCAUCGUUCGUUCAAGCAUUAUUAACCGAGAGGGUGUGCUUCAAUGAGCCAAGUGCCUUGGUCCUGACUGCAUCCUCGAGUGUAAUACUGCGACUAUACAACUAUUACCAAUAAUGUAAAAUGUAUAUGGUGGAGUAAUAUUUUUAGUGAUGAGUAAGGUGUGCUGUCAUGCUGAUUUGAGCACAUUCUAAAUGUCUUGUUGACCAAUCAGAUUGCUUGGUCAGAACUACUUGUUGUAUAAUCACCUAUGAUUCAGCCAGCUGAGAACGAGACUCAUCAAAGAUUCAGGAGCAGUGAAAUUCAGUUUCCUGGGAUUUAUUGAUGCUAAAAGUGAAUUUGAAGUAAAACCAGUAGAAACUACGAAUUUGUUAAAACCUAUUGUGACAGAUGAAGAUCUGAUCUGUGGACUGAAGGUGAAUCAAACUGUUUUUUAGAGACAAGAUGUUGAGAUGUUGAGCUGAUCCUGGUCAAACACUGCGGUUAAUGUGAUGGUGGUGAACUCCCAGUCUAAACUGAACGUGGUCCUGUUUUCCUGUCAGAGAUCCACUCAGAGUUUUUCAGAAUUUAAUUCCUUUUUUCCAGCUGAUUUUAGAAUAUUUUCGAGCUCAAAAAUUCAUUUUAAAAAAGGGAGUUCUGUGUUUGUUUUUCCCUGGGGCUCAGGAACUCUGGAUAGUGUAGUCGUCAACAGUCCUCCAGACCGACCUGGAGGUCCCGGGCCAGUUUAAUGUCCACAGUUUUAUCAGUGAAGCUGAGUGGGAGUUUGACAUCACACAGCUUCAUGCUGUGAUUUUCUGUUCACUCAGAGCAACUUGUAACCAACUUGUUUUGCCAUCAGUGUUUUUACUAAAUCCAAUAAGAGUUUUUCUUGUUGUUAAUUUAUCUUUUUGUCUUUAGUUCUUGUUGUUGCUGUCUGUCUUUGCUCUUUAAUACAGUUGUACAGCUUGUUGAUGUGCAGAUUGUAUCAUUAUUAUUAUUAUUAUUGUUCUUACUGUUGUUAUGAAGAUCUUUUAAAGAUAUCUUUGCUUUGUGGAAGACGCUGCCGACUUCCUGCAUGGUUUUCCUGUGACUGUUUUUGUAUUUUAACUUUAAAAGUUUGGAGAUAAUGUUUGUUUUUCUUCCCCUGUAACCUGCUGGCUGCGUUUGUUUGUUUGUUUUUUCUUUUGUUUGUUUUGCACUUUACUCCUAAAUUUACUUAUCGAAGGUGGGAGGUCGACGACGGUCCAACCGUGAAAAAGAAAAUUCCCUCCUUUUGCCCUUUGGUUUGGAAACCACAAUAAUCAGUGGAAUGCACCUUUACUUUACCAGUGUGAGUUUCUGUUCCUGCCUGUUUGUCUGUUUGUUUGUUUGUUUGUUUGUUUGUGUGUUUCUGCUGUUGUGAAGAGAAACAGAAAAGUGACAGAGGACAGAACAUUAAUGUGAAUCUAUUUUCCUACGCUGACUGACUGGAAUAAAGGAUGUGACGUUCACUGGCAGAAAA